GGCUCAGUGAAGUCAUUUUCCCCAAGCCACCCUAGGAAUCCGGUGUUCCAAUACUCAGAUAUUGGAGCACGGCUCUUCCUAGUUCUAGGAGCCGUUAUCCGGCUUCGGACAUUACAACUAUUAUAUCCUGAACUUUUUUCCAUUCCUAUAUUCUUUAUGAAGUUCGGGAUUAAACGUUUAUAAAAUGGCAUUUGGAACAGUUCGAUGGUCGAACUGUAUACUCCCAUUAUUGCUAUGGGUGACAGUAACAGCAGCUCAAGGUACGGCUCAAGAGACAUGCGUAUUUAACGGAGAGAUUCUUCAAGAUGGAGACAUAGUUGACGGAUUAGAACCAUGCACACAAUGUAGUUGUGAAUUGGGAAAGAUCAAAUGUUUUAAAACGGAUCAAUGUCCCAUCGAUAGUGACAACCAAGAAGUUAGAGAUUCGGUCAGCGAGAGUGAAGCUUCUGGACACCGAGGACAGCCAGGCUAUAUAGGGUUCACGGGUAAACAAGGAGCUAUGGGACCUACAGGAUCCGAUGGAAAUCAUGGUAUCCCAGGGCCCCCAGGACCACCCGGCGUUCCCAAGACGCAAGCCGAUGAAGCAUUUAUGCACUGGGCUCAGGCCUACCCCCAAAAGGCAGGCGGAUUUGCCCAGGGACAACGAUACCUUCAAGCUAAUAUCGGACCAGCUGGACCUCGUGGACCAACAGGACCCCCAGGACAGCCGGGACCACAAGGUUUGACCGGAAUUCGCGGAGAGCCAGGUGAUUCCGGACCCCCUGGAUCACCUGGACCACGAGGAUCUCCAGGACCUCCAGGGUUACCCGGACCAGAUGGAGAUUCUGGACGUAAUGGCGAGCCAGGACCACGUGGACUUAUCGGAAGGAAGGGACCUAACGGACCAGCUGGAACUCCAGGGAUCCCAGGAUCAAAAGGACAUCGGGGUUUCCAUGGUUUGUCGGGACCUCCUGGAGAACAGGGAUUACCAGGUGAUAAGGGAGAUACCGGUCCCCCAGGACCCGCCGGUGCCCCAGGUCUCCAAGGAAUGCGUGGUUUGGCCGGAGACAGAGGAAGGGAUGGAAAUGAUGGACCAGCGGGUCUGAGAGGAGUUGAUGGACUUUCAGGAGCUGCAGGUGCUCCUGGUCCCGUCGGAAACAUCGGACCACCAGGAAUUCCUGGACGUCCAGGGACAAAGGGAGGUGCAGGAGCCCCUGGCCCCAAGGGAGCCAUGGGACUUCAAGGACAACGCGGAGAUAGCGGAGAACCAGGACCAGCAGGGGAGGCGGGAGCCGUCGGACCCAAUGGUCUUCCCGGAAGUAACGGCGAGAAGGGAGCUUACGGUGAACCCGGACCUUCCGGUCCCCCAGGAUUUCCAGGACCUCGUGGUUCCCCAGGAUUUGGUGGAAGUCCAGGACCCCAGGGACCAAAGGGAUCAGCGGGUCAACCAGGAGAAAUGGGCAUUAAGGGAGCUUCAGGACAGCGUGGUCCUGCAGGAUCUGUUGGAGAGAGGGGCAUCCAAGGACCAGCUGGACACGAGGGAAAGAGGGGACAACGUGGAGUAGUUGGAGAGACGGGACCGGCAGGACCCCAGGGUGAGCGAGGACCACCAGGACAACGAGGGAUGCCAGGAGCUACUGGUGAGGCAGGAAACAUUGGAGAAGAUGGAGCUCCUGGAUCAAGGGGUCGUCGUGGAAUCAGUGGACCAAUGGGAGAACCCGGACGUCAGGGAGCACCAGGAAAUCGAGGAUCCAGAGGACCUUCAGGUAUGGCCGGAUUAGAUGGAGUUCCAGGACGAGCUGGAAACCAAGGAGUUCCCGGCAAUGACGGAAACCCUGGAGAAAUGGGACCACCGGGUAUUCCUGGCCCAGCCGGUGUCCAAGGACCACAAGGACCAACAGGAGAUAGGGGUACUCCAGGUAAAGACGGGAACCAUGGUCCUCAAGGUAGCCGAGGCCCGGCUGGAGAUGCUGGACCCCAAGGAGAAAUGGGACCGUAUGGACCCCCAGGACCAAUAGGAGAGGCUGGCGAGAGAGGACCAACUGGAAACGGCGGCCCACAAGGAUACCAGGGUGCACCAGGAUUGCCUGGACCACCCGGUGAGUCAGGAAAACCUGGAGAACAGGGAGAGCCUGGUAAUCAGGGCAGGAAUGGACGUCCCGGAUCUCCAGGAGAGAGAGGAUUCCCAGGAGAACAGGGAGAACCAGGAGUUUCUGGCGAACCAGGAAAAGCUGGACCAGAGGGUCCGACUGGAAGGGCUGGAGAAAGGGGACCUCCCGGAGAACAAGGUGAGAAAGGAGAGCUCGGACCAACUGGAGUAUUGGGACCUCAAGGACAGCGAGGAGGACGGGGAGCGCCAGGAGAACAGGGAGAGCCCGGUGACCCUGGACCACCUGGCCCUGACGGAUCUACCGGACGUUCUGGAGAGCCUGGACCACCGGGAAAGCCAGGAGAGGUCGGACUACCCGGACCAACUCCACCGAAGGGAGAGCCCGGAGAUCCAGGAUUUGAUGGAGAAAAGGGAUCGCGAGGAUCUCCUGGAGAGAGAGGUCCUAUGGGAUUGCCAGGUGCAGACGGAUUAACUGGCAUGCCAGGUAAUGCAGGACCGGCUGGUCCAAAGGGACAACAAGGAUAUCCUGGAGAAAAAGGUGAUCAAGGAGUAGUUGGAGAUGCCGGAAUCUCCGGACCUCCUGGAGCUAGGGGUCAACCAGGAUUAGAUGGAGCCAAGGGUGUACGAGGAGAACAAGGACCCCCGGGUCUUCCAGGUGUACCAGGACCAAAUGGCCGUACAGGCCCAGUGGGACCUCAAGGCAGUCUUGGAGAAAUUGGUGAUGCCGGACCACCUGGCGCUGAUGGAAUCAAGGGACAACGUGGAAUGAAUGGACAUAUGGGCUAUGCAGGUGAGGCUGGAGCUGCUGGAUUACCUGGAGAGUCUGGACAGAAGGGAGUACGCGGAGAAGAUGGAAAUGCGGGACCAGUUGGACCAGUUGGACCUCAGGGAUCAGCUGGCGACAGAGGACAACCCGGUAUCCAAGGAAUCAGAGGAGAGAGGGGCCCCAUGGGACCUCCUGGACCACCUGGCAGCCAAGGAUCUCCCGGACGUGAGGGUCAAGAUGGACAUCCAGGAAAGGCUGGACCAAGGGGUGUGGCCGGACCUCCAGGACCAGUUGGAGAACCUGGUAACAUAGGUUCCCCUGGUGCGGAUGGUACCCCUGGACUUCCAGGAAGAGAAGGAGAAAAGGGACCAGAUGGCGAUAUGGGCAUGCCUGGGGCUACUGGUCUGAUGGGCUUCCCAGGACCCGCUGGACCCCCAGGGUCACCAGGACCUGCCGGAGAGCGAGGUGUCAGAGGCGAGUCGGGACCAGAUGGAUCCCAAGGGUCUCAAGGACCACGCGGACCACCAGGCCCAUACGGACCACAGGGAGUAUCAGGAGAAAGGGGAGACGACGGAAUUCAGGGUGACAAGGGAGACCCUGGUCUGAUUGGAAUGCCAGGACUUCCUGGACCAGAGGGACCUGCAGGUGACCAAGGAAAUGUUGGACCUCCGGGACCUAUGGGACAACAGGGACCCGAAGGACAACGUGGACUUCCCGGUAGACCAGGUAACACUGGCGAAGUCGGACCUCCAGGACCUAUGGGACCACGUGGAGAGCAAGGAGAUGACGGUCGAUCUGGUGUGAUGGGAAAUUCUGGUCCACCAGGACCCCCGGGAGAGCCAGGGCGAUCCGUUUACAGCCAGGCAAUUUCUGGAUGGUUCCAUCGCUCUAACCUGAAGGGAGUGCAGGGAGACGAACCUUUGACUGAAGAGCAAACCAACAUUGUGGCUUAUCUUGACUAUCUUGGAGAGGAGUUGAUGAAAAUUAUUCAUCCACGUGGAGAGGAGGAUUCCCCUUACGCCAGGACCUGCCUGGAUCUCCGCAUGAAGAACCCAGAUUUAACAAACGGUCUUUAUUGGAUCGAUCCUGAUGGCGGUGUACCUUCUAACAAGAUCCAGGUCUUCUGCGACUUCAGGAAGAGGACAUACACAUGCGUGCAGCCAUUGUAUGAUAUGUACGAGAAUCAGCCAGUAACAAAGGAGGACGGAGAGGACUAUGCUAUGUUUGCCCAAAAGACAAUCAAGGGCAAAGAGCUACAGUACAAGUCCAACAGGGUACAGCUGAAGUUCCUGCAGAAGGUCAGCUCUAAGGCCAUCCAGACAAUUGUGUACAAGUGCAGGAACAAUGUUGCCUUCUAUGACCGUACUGCGGACGCCUACAACAAGGCCAUCAAACUCGUCACAUUUGACGAUACUGACCUUGGUGCGCAAGGCAGGAAGAAGUACAGAUACAAGGUCAUCAGUGAUGGUUGUGAUAUGGCUGCCGACAGAUGGGGAGAGACCGUGGUAGAGGUUAGCACCAAGAAAACAGAGAGACUGCCAAUUAUUGAUGUAGGCAUCAGCGAUAUUGGAAAAGCAAACCAAGAGUUCAAGAUUGAAGUGGGACCUGUGUGUUUCUCUCACGAAAGUUAAAUGAUUUUUUCACAAUUGAAAAUGAAAAUUUUGGACAAUUAAUAUCUUUAGGUCAUUUUGAGAACUUACUUUAAUGACUCAAAUUAUUAAACGUAGAAAAGAAAAAUUGGUCAAUAUCAUAUACACAUUUUAUUACUGAAAUGACGCCGCAUAUGAAAUGUACAUUUUGUAGGGAUAUUUUUCCGUUGGGAUGGGAGCAUGUAUAUCAUCAUUGGGUUGGGGUUUUUUUUGGAGAAUAUCUAGCAUGUUGGAUGUUUGUGUGUGUGGGACCAUUCCUUCGUUGUUUUCUUUUAUCAGAGAAAGAUAAUAUAUCACGUGACAGGAUGUUUAAUGUAUUCUGUGUAUGAAAGUUGCCAUGGAGGAUGACGAGACGUGACGUCAUCGUUAGGUGUACCACCUGCGGUCUGCCAUGAUACCGCCCCCGAUGACGUCACGUUUCAGACCUUGUAUUUUUAUCUGUGAUAUACAGCUAACACUGCCAUGAUUUCAAGUACUGAAAGCUAUAAAAAAACUAUCAGACGUCUGAAUGCUGUUAUUUCAUUGGUCGUUUACAUUUUCAUUUUUGAAGUAGUCUGACAGUACAUCGUACUAUAUCAUGACACUCGCUUGUCUAACCCUUUUCUUUAAUAAAAAUGAGAAAAAAAUGAUAA